AUGCCAGUUCCCUUCGAGGCCGUCCUUCACAUGGGCAUGGUGGUCGUCAUGUUUGGCGUGGCGGGUACCGGAUACAACGUCGUUCGACGUCUGGCUGAAGAUGGAAAGCCAAUCCGACACUCGCUCGACGACUGGGAACGAAUGAUGAUGAAGCGAGAUGAGAGACUCACGGGCAGCUUGAGAGGUCAAAGUACAAACCCUAUAGCGCCGAAAGAGUUUGCAACCAACUCUGCCUGGAGUACCGAAAAACUUUCUUAG